AUGAUUCUACUAUGCUCUGCGGAUUGCUUAACUCUAAUUGGCUCUUUACGCUUUGUAAACUAUUCUUUCCGCCUCGUAAGGCGGGGUUGCCUUGUGCAAGCAACUUACAAAAAAUACUCUACAGUGAGCAAUAAGGAUCAUGUCUUUGUGCUGACUUACUUCGACAAAGUGGAUGGGCUGAACAAAAACCUAUCUUUAAAUAACAAGGCAUACGGAAUACGCCAAUGCCAAAGCCUCGCUUUUUUAAGGUCAUAUCUUCAAAGCAUCGGCUGGGAAGCCUUAUCUACAAGAAUCGAGGAGAGACAUGCUCACCAAAGGUUUUUCGCCUCCCCACUCAUCGAGUCAUUAAAUAUGAAUGUCACUCUACCGAACUUGAGGCUAUGCAAUACGUCCGGCGGCACACUACAAUUCCUAUCCCCCGUGUCACGGAGGUAUAUGACUAUGGAGAUGGCCAACAUCUGGUUAUGGAGUCAAACAUUAGAUUGCGCCCGGCCGAGCUUAAACGAAGAGCAGAGGCAGAGUAUAGUUAAAGAGUUUACUGUAUAUAUCGAACAGCUACGAGGCCUGAUUCCACCCAAAGAAGGAGCAGUUGGGUCAACAAAGAUGUGUGCUGGCUACGAUCACCGGCUUGGUCAUUGUCGUUUUGGGCCCUUUGACAGCAUCUCCGACUUCCAUAACUAUGUUCGUCGCGGAGAACCACUUAAAUUCUGGGACGAGGCUGUUUCGCUUGUCCAUAAGCGCUCAAGCUCGUAUACUACCAAAUAUUGUCAUGCGGACUUGUGCCCUAACAACGUGUUAGUGAAGGAUGGAAAAAUCGUCGCCAUUAUUGGGAGUAAUCACUAUAAUCGUAACCUGUCAUACUCGGUGAUCUGCAGCCAUUAUCCAAGGAAGUACGUAUGGCCGAGGUGUAGAGAGUCGACGAUGGAAGAAUUCGUUGAAAUUGUCACAUUCUACGAUUGUUUACCAGUUACGUGGCAGGGAAAGCAGUAUAAGCACCGCCAGAUAUUAUUAUGGAUGAAUAUUCACCUGGUCAUCAGUCCAUAUAACCCACAUAUCGACUUGUAUGUUGGUGACUCGCCAACACGGACAAUAUAUGACAGCAGCCAGUAA